GGCCGCGUACCUGGGGGCUCCCGGUCCCCAGCCCUGGUCUCCGCGCCGCGCGCGGUGACUUUCUCCGUGCGUCUCUGCCCCGUUGUUUCUCCGUCUUUCUCAGGCUCAGCGCGGUGUCCCACCGUCCUUCGCUCGCGGGACCCUCGUCCCCCAGCCGUCGGGUGACCCGAGGGGCCGGCGGGCGCGAUGAGCGGCGCCUGCACGAGCUACAUGAGCGCCGAGCAGGAGGUGGUGCGUGGCUUCAGCUGCCCGCGGCCGGGGGGCGAGGCGGCCGCCGUCUUCUGCUGCGGCUUCCGCGACCUCAAGUACUGCUGCGACGACCCGCACAGCUUCUUCCCCUACGAGCACAACUACAUGUGGUGGCUCAGUGUCGGCGCUCUUGUGGGGCUCUCCAUAGCAGCGAUGGUCCUCCUGGCCUUCAUUGUCACCGCCUGUGUGCUUUGUUACCUGUUCAUCAGCUCAAAGCCCCGCACAAAGUUGGACCCAGGCUUAAGCUUACAGACAACAGGCCCUGUGGAAGUGUCCCCUGACUGCCAAAGUACGAACACAGCUGUUGCAAUGGAGGCGUUAGGGGUGAGCCCUGUUGGGCAGAGUUACAUUGUCUUGACCCCACAGAUGGAAAGCAAUGAGAGGUGGGCUGUGGGCUCCGAACAACUCCUCCAGCACUGCUUCAUGGCCACAGUGACUGCCAGUGACAUUCCAGGCAGCCCUGAGGAGGGUCUUGGCUGCCUUGAGCAAAGGACUACCAACCAAGCAGCUGAACUGACCUCAUGCCAAACCCAAAGCAGGACUUCAGCUCCAGAAGGCACUACUACCCCAGCAAGCAGCUUCGGAGCAAAGUCACCGCCCAGUCCAGCACAGAGGGCUGAUCUAUAUGGAAGGCCUUCCAGGGAGAAGGGAGCUUUCUUUGUGAAACCUUCAUCCUCCGAACCUCCAGCUCCGGGUUCCCAAGCCCCGCCUUCUUUCUCUCUCUGGCGGCUGCGGCGCGUUUCCAUGGAGACCAAACCCUCUGCAGCUCCCUGCUAUUCCGCGCCCCUCCCCCUUGGACAUCUCUUACGGCCUGCCGGGCUGUAG